AUGAUAAAAGCAGGGUGUGCCUCAAAAGCGACUACUUUGUGUCAGUGCCGACACUAUUCCGAUGUCUUUAGAUCGCUUCCCCGAAUAUCAAAGAAAAACAAAACCGCCAAGGCCAUAGAAGAACUACGAAGCAAGAUCAGGCUUCUUUCUGAUAAAAGCUUUGCAGUCUAUUCAGCAAGCCUGGACUCUGUGGCUCCAUACGUUGCUCUGACGGAUUAUAGCUCGGAUAAAUCCCAAAUUCCGGGACUUGCGCACAAUCUGGAGUCUGUUUUGUUUUCGCCCGGAGUACACUAUAUGCAAGAUCCUAGAACCAGAAGGUUUAACUUUAGUCCUACUCUGCAGCAUAUCCCCAGCAUCGACGAUUUCAGGUUUGAUCUGAUUGCAGGCUUUGUUCCUCCGGCAAGAGACGCAAUAAUGGAAAAGAUUGCUUCUGAGAUCAACCAAAAUGUCGGCUCCCACGAGAAAAUUAGAUAUUUUUCAUCCACCUCGUCUAUGACCAAUACCCUGAAACAAUUCCAUAUGCUUUUGAGCAAUUUCCGGCCCUGUUUCACUAGACAUCUGUCACAGGAGUUCCCGUCCACAACGUCUUUCACUAGAAACGCCAAAUCGAGUGCCUUUUCUGUGGUGGCUCCCAAAGGUGACGGUUAUUUCUCGGUCGACUCCGACAGAUCAACAGAUACAGAGAUUGCUCUGUCGCUUCUUGGUCACGAGCUUGAGCUGAUGCUGACUGUGGAGCCGCAGGAGUUUGCCAAAUACCUCAAAUCCUCGCCUGUGAGCGCCGAAGCAGGAAACGCAGAAAACAGCUACCAGUAUGCCAAGAUGGGCAACUUUCUGAUGCGGUCGCAGUCGGACGCUAGAAACAGCGAUCUGCCGGGCACGGGUAUUUUUGACCUCAAGGCUCGGGCGGUCUGUGCAGUGAGACACGACAUAAACUUCAACAACUACCAAUUAACGAACUACGAGAUCACCAGGUCGACCGGUCUGUACGAGAGUUUCGAGCGCGAAAUCUUCGACUUGGUCAGAACAGGCAUGUGGAAGUACAGCAUGCAGGCGCGUAUCGGAAAUAUGGACGGCAUUUUCGUCGCAUUCCAUAACAUGAGACGGUUUUUUGGGUUCCAGUACAUGCCAACCACAGAGCUCGACCACAUCUUCCACGGGUUCGACUUGGAGGAGCGUGAGAGUGCAGACUACAACGACGUGGUGGAAGAUAUUGGCAACCAUUGGCAGACCAAGCGAGAGGCCCUGUCUUCGUUUAUGGCCGACUUCGAGUUCAAAGUCUCGAUGCAGAUGUGGCAGAAAGUGUUGGACAAAAUCAUCAAGGAGACCAAAGGACAGCCAUUCCGUCUGAUAACCAAGUGUGUUCCCGACGCGUUUGGUCCGCGGGUCGAGUUCAUUGCCACGGUUGUGGAUAACGAGAUGCUCAGAAAACUUGGUAGCUUGGCCGACGAAAUCACUGACCUGGACAAGGAGGACCUUGCAGCUUCGCAAGGCGAAGAGCUACCGAUGGAAAGGAUUAUUCGGAUGGCUGAGUCUCGGUCUGUUCAACACGCCGAGAUGCUCAAGCUGAACAAGGAUAUCAUCGACUCGACAAUCCACGACGAGAAUAAAUGUGUCAUGUUCAGACUGACCACCGAACACUUUUUCAACAAGAAGCUGUUCCGCGGCAAAUACCCAACUCCUCCAUUGGAGAUACUGGACGAUCCUGUCAAUAAUAGCUGGACCGUUGAUUAUUCCAUCAGACGAGUGUAUGAUAAACGGAAGAUCAAAACAGCUUACAACUACUAUGUUCUCGAAGCAGCCAUGAACCUGAAAGACCGCCCAGGAAACCGGGACAUUGCUGAACAGGCGUACAUGGAUGAGAACGCGUCGCAUCUACAACGGCUUCUGAGAGCAUACAGCGCCAAGUCUCAGAAGAGAAAGGAAAUUUAUGGUGUCUGA